AUGGACAACGACUACAACGAUGAGAACGCCGGCAGCCUCCCUCACAAUCGUGAUGGCGUCGGCCAGGCAGCUGGUGGCACUGAGCCCGUCGAGAAGCAGGGUCUGACAGAGGCCAUCGAGGACUUCAGCGAAAUGGGCCUGCGUGACGACCUUCUCCGCGGCAUUUACGCCUAUGGCUUUGAGCGCCCGACCCCGAUUCAGCAGCGUGCGAUCAAGCCGCUCUGCGCUGUGCGAGACACCCUCGCGCAAGCCCAGUCCGGCCAGGGCAAAACUGGCGCUUUUACCAUCGGCACCCUCCACACUCUCGACCUCAACGAGCGCGACUGCCAGGUGAUCAUUCUCUCAAACACGCGCGAGCUGGCAAAGCAGACGGCGGAGGUCGUGUCGGGCCUCGGCCAGUACAUGAACGUGUCGAGCAUGGCCUGCAUCGGCGGCCAGGCGAUGCGCGAGUCCAUGGAGGCGCUCCGGCGUGGGGUUCAGGUCGUGGUUGGCACGCCUGGGCGCGUGCUCCACAUGAUCACAAACGGCGCGCUCCGCACCGGCCGA